GAGGGGGAAGAAAAGAUCAAGUGUCGGUAGUGUGGCAAGUGUGCGCGGGUGUGUUUAAUUUAAAGUUGCGGUGGAUGAUACGAAAGAAAGAUUGUGGGGGGGUGUAUCAUAGAUCCAUCGACCUAUUUUUAUUUUUCAUCGUUUGUUUCCUCGUUGACUCCUCCUGUCAUCGGCUCGUCAUCGUGAUAUUUUACUUGCUCGUGUUACGAGUCGAAGAAGAAACCAUCGACGAAGCAAGCAAGCAAACAAGCAAGCCAGCCAGCCAGCAACGGAAUGUGGCACGAGGCCCAACACGAUCUCGGAAGCUAUGCCGGCUGAGAGAGCAGUAGGAAGGGGAGACGGAAGUGGACCCACAUUGCAGCAGCCACCUUAAGAAGAGUUUGCGUGGGAGAUAAGCUUGGCGAAGGUUGCCAAGGUUAACUCUUGUCAUCCUUCGAUGAACGAUGCCGAUGUCGUUCGAGGCUCAUCCUCGCUCGUUCCUCCUUCUUCUCCUCCUUCUCCUGUCAGAUCAGUGUUCCUCGAGCGGAAGUCCCUCUCCUGAAAGAAAGUGGCCAAUUAUUUAAGGAUUACCGUUUGGGAAUCCACGUCGUCGCCAUGGUGGACCUCCUGUGUAGCAACUCAUUGAGCCCGGGCACGUAAAAACGAUCUUGAGAUUUCGAACGAACGAAAGAGAAAACAAAUAAAUAAGUAAAUUGUUAAUCGUUAGAAUCGAAAGAUAUAGGACAAACAGCAUGUAAGGUGUUAAACGAAAGGACAGCCUUCCCCCCGUGAAAUCAGCGUCGAGUAAUGCUGAAGCAUAUCCUAACGGGGCAACCGUCGUCAGCGGGCUCCAGGCAUCAUCACAAUGACUAUCAAACGAGCUCGGGCUCGUUGCACGCCGGCCACCAUCAUCACCAUCAACACAAUCUUCUUCAACAGGAACAGCAGCCGCAACCACAACAACAACAGCAGCAGCAGCAACAACAACAUCAUUAUGGUGGCAAUGGGAGCGGAGGUACGAUCGCACGAGGCACGUCUGCAACGUCUGCUAGAACAAACGGCAUCGACGUCUACGAUUCCGUGGUUCAUUCGUCGUCGCAAAGGCCGACGACGACGACGACGACGACGAAUUCGUCAAACGUUCAUCAUCAAGCAGCGACGACACCUUCCUCGGCUCAUCGGCAUCCCUUGAAUCAUUCGCAGCUCAGUGUGAACAAUCUCUCCCAACGAUUAAAUCACUCCCACGCGCUUAAUCUUUCGACCCUGUCGACGUCGAAGCAUUCGGUGAACAGUGUCAGUCCGGUCGUUGGUGGUAGUAAUAACAACAAUAACAAUGGCAGUAACAAUAUCAAUGGACACAAUAAUAAUAAUAAUAAUAAUCUGUCGAGCGUGCCAAACCAGACGGUCGUCGGUGUCCAACUGCCGAUUCAUCAGGACAGACCGAAAGCGAACGGUGGCUUCGAUAUUUCGAGAUUAUCUAGAUUACCUAGCCAAACGACCCCGUCGCCAGCACCUGCUGCCGUUCAUCAGCCGGCUAUGCCCGUUCAGAUCGGCGGACACCCCGGACCAACCGUCAUACCUCUUAACGCCUCAUGGUCUUCUUCCCUAUCGAGGAAUCAUCGGUGUCAUGAGGCUGGCGUUAAGGAGAUGUUAACGAGUCUUGGACUCCUCUGUUUGGUUUCUCUGUUACUCGCUCUCCUUUCCCUAAUCUUCCUAUUGAAGAUUUCACCGUUGACGGUCACGCCGAGUAGCCUCAUCAGCCCCGAGGAGUACACGAUCGUCUACGAGGUGACCUUGGCUUUAUGUGCGCUCGCUCUGUCCUUGAAUCUGUGCUGCCUUCUGGUCUGCGCCAUACAGUUCCUCUUCGCAGUUAAACUCGUCAAGACGUCGUAUCAGGGACAUCGGAGCAACAAGUACCUGCAAAAGUCGUCUAUCAGCCGUGUCUGCGCGGUCGGAGGCUUUUUCAUUAGCAUUCCAGUCUUCUUAACCGGCAUGAUCCUAUACACAUUUAUACAGUUUCAUUCGACGCCAGCUAUAGUGACGUCUGUCUUUAUCGGUCUCGGCAUUGUAUUCUGUGGAUGCGCCAUGGUCCAUAACGUCUUCGUGUGGCAGAGGGAGAAGACGAAUGCGGUUAAGGCGCUUGCUCGCGAACAGUGCGAAGCGGCCGCUCAACUGCAGCGUCAGCAACAGCAAUCACAGCAAAAUCAUCAUCAUCAUCAUCAUCAAUCGCAUCUCCUCCAGCAACAGCAACACCAACAGCAUCAGCAGCAUCAACAUCAGCUACGGCCGAGUCUUUAUCACAGUGGAUGCGCACCAAAAAUCGGUUCUUUGACGGCAACCCACUCAAAUACCACUUUGCCUCAUCACGGUGGCAACCGUAGUUCUCAGUAUCAUCAGCCACAUCAGCAUCAUCAUCAUCAUCAUCAUCAUCGACAUUUGUCGUCACCGAUGUCGCCCCCCUUGUUAUUAUCUUCGACAAGUGCACCACUCGCUUCGACGCACAGUCUUUUAAACGUUGCUACGAAUCGUAGUAACGUGGUAACACCACCUGCUACGCCAGGUGACAGGUCACCACCAAGUCCAACCAAUAAGUUCAAUAGGUCUCAUAUAACGAGGGAAGCCAGUGGUAGCGUCAGUCCUGGCCUACCAGCAGCGACCUUGGAUCUUAGCAGUGCAGCUACAACCAACAGCCCUCAUGAACUAUCUACUCUCGUGUAAAUAAUCGAGAUAGAGGAGUAAUUUAUCUAUUCGAAAGACUUAUUGAACUUUUAUAGAACGUUCGUUAGAUAUCGGUGGACACUUUCUCUCUCCCUCUCUCUCUCUCUUUUUUUCUCUACGAUUUGAGACCACCUAAGAAUUAUCUGACGAUAUCAUAUAUUGUCUUUUUCUUAUUAAACUUCAAAGAGUCGCGGCACCUUCGUGAAUUUAUUUUUCCUUUUUAAAAAGACAAUGUGUAUGUACUUAAAUAAUUGUGUAUUUACGUUAUUUGUGUCUUGAUUCCAUUCGACGAGACUCUUAUUAUGUGUUUUCGAUUAAUUUUCACUUUGUGGACAAACAAUAAGAAAAGGUGUGUGUGAAAAACACUAACAUAUUUUAAGUUUCGAGAUUCAGCUGGUACCUGAUUUAUGUACGUACGACGUCUCAUUGAAAUUGGAAUCUGUUAAAUGCGACUAAAAUCCAUCGUUGUUGGUUUAAUUUCUUUUUUUUUUUUUUUUCCCCGACCCCUAUGGAAAAGGGAGUUUUCACCUUGUAUACUUUAUCGAACAAAAUUUGAACGUCUUUAAUUUUUCCGAAUUUAUAUUCUAUUUUUUAAAAGUAUUCUAAUAAGAUAACUCUGCGUAAAUAAAAAUCAUUCGGUUAGUUUAUCGUUGAUUAAGAAAUUGUUUGAACAAUUACGAAUAACAUAAUGUUAUUUCGUAAUAGAAAUUUUACGAAUAGAACUUGCAUUAUUGUCGCAUUUCAUUUACAUAAAUAGCAAUACUUUGUUUUUCAUAAUAUUAUUCUAAUUGAUACAUUUGAGAGCAUAACACAGGUAAUACCUGUUGCAUAGCAUAACUUAUCAGUUAUGCAAUCCAAUCAGUAACUAACGAAACGUAUGUGUAAAAUAAGAAAAGUUAUCUAUGUAAAAGAAAAAACAACGACGACAAGAAAGAAUGGAAAGAAAGUUAUUACGAUCGAACCGUCAACAAUUGGGUAAAAAGCCGUAAAAAGAAAAAGUUAAAGUAAUAUUAUCCCUUUCGUUACAGCAUAUUUUGGCUCGAAUACGACCCUUAUACGGGUCGCUAGUAACAAAAGGGUUCGUGCUCGAUGAGAUAAAAAUAUAAGCAUUAAAAAUAAAAUGUGUGUGCGUGUGUCUGUGUGUGUGUGUGUGUGUGUGUGUGCGCGCGUAUAUUAAGAAUACGAGAGAAUCAAAGCAUUACUCGUAGAAAAGAAAAAUCUCGUGCAGUUUGGAAAGGUGACACAUAUGUAGCUAUGUACAUCUUGCCAUGUUCUUUAUUUCUUUACUUGUUUAGUAAAACCUCUAGUCCUAGGUCACUUUCGUUAAUGAGAAAGCCUUAGACCUUAGAAUUCUGACUAUCGCUUGACUGCGCGAUUAAGUAUUUUUUUAUAUUCAUUACA